UUUAUAUUGUCACUGGUGUUUGUUAUUGAUGUCAGCGUGACAUAAGGUCAAAAGACAUAAGCUACAGUCUACAGUGGAUUUAAUUUGAAAACAACACACAGCUUCACAAGUCUGUGUUCGUGCAAUCGCAUGUUAACUGUUUUGUGCAUCUAGAUCUAGAUCUAUACACUACAAAAUAAUACAGAUUACUAUUAGAAUAGUAAAAAAAUGUUUGCCAAGAUGACAUCCUUGAGUAGAGGAAAUUCUUCAAACAAUUUAAGAAAUGCUGACAAAGUUCAGAAAACACUCAUAGCAGUUUGUCAAAUGAACGCCACUUCCCUGAAGGCAGAUAAUUUACAAACUAUAAUAGAUCUUGUGGCAACUGCAAGUUCAAGGGGUGCACAGAUGGUAUUUUUACCUGAAGCUUGUGAUUACAUAGGAGAAACAAAGAACCAGUCUAUUGACUAUUCAGAGCCACUUCAUGGUAACUUUAUCCAUCAGUUAAAAAAAGCAGCAAUUAGGCACAAAGUUUGGCUGUCAGUAGGAAGCUUUCACCAAAGGGGUCCAGAAAAUCAGGACAAGCCGAAGCUAAUCAAUACACACAUUAUCAUAGACAGUGAGGGUAAGGUUAGGGCAACAUACGACAAGGCUCAUUUAUUUGACCUCGACAUUGCUGGCAAGGUUCGUUUGUGUGAGAGUGACUUUGUCAUACCAGGUUCCAAAGUCAUUCCUCCCGUUAGCACACCUAUCGGACGCAUUGGUAUGGCUACAUGUUAUGAUGUGAGGUUCCCAGAGCUCUCUUUAGCUUUGGCUCACCAAGGUGCACAGAUCAUCACAUAUCCAUCAGCAUUUACUCAGACUACAGGCAUGGCCCACUGGGAGUGUCUGCUUCGAGCUCGAGCCAUAGAGACCCAGUGCUAUGUGAUAGCUGCUGCUCAGACAGGGAAACACAAUGCUAAGAGGUCAUCUUAUGGUCAUGCCAUGGUUGUAGAUCCUUGGGGAGCUAUCAUAGCUCAGUGCAGUGAAGGUGUUGGUCUGUGUCUAGCUGAAAUAGAUCUGGAUUAUGUGGCCAAAGUUAGGAGCGAAAUGCCAGUCUGGCAACACAGGAGAACAGAUUUGUAUGGAAGAGUAAUUGCACUGGAUUCAGAUGCAUCAAUCAUACCGCCAGAUGACCAACCCAUCUAUCAGUUUGGACAUAUCAAGAUUCCGUCUAGUCACAUUUUCUACAGGACUCGUUUAUCUAUAGCUUUUGUCAACAUUAAGCCAGUCUUACCUGGACAUGCCCUGAUUGCCCCUCUCCGUGUUGCUGUCAACCUAGCAGAUUUGAACCCUGCAGAAGUGACAGAUUUGUUUUUGACUGUCCAGCAUGUGACCGAGGUACUAAAGAAACACUUUAAGGCCACAUCCUCCACCAUGGCUAUACAGGAUGGCUUGGAAGCUGGCCAGACUGUGCAGCAUGUCCAUGUUCACAUACUGCCAAGGAAAUUUGGGGAUUUCUCAGACAAUGAUGACAUUUAUGAUCAUCUCCAGAACCAUGAUAAAGGCUGGACAGAGCACACAAAGUUGCGGUCAGCAGAAGAAAUGGCAGAAGAAGCUCGGCAACUGCGAGUUCACUUCUACACCAAACCUGCAGACCCAGAAGAGCAGUCGGCAGGCUCUUCAGAUGAGUCAUAAUGCUUGUAUUACAUUGGGACAUUUUCCAGGUUACUUGGGAUCAAGCAAUACAUUAUUUAAUUAUUUCUAGUAUCACAUUUCAACACAAGAUCCUUGUGUGGUAUCAGAAACAUACAAAUUAUUUCUUGUAUCACAUGUUCCUGGAUAUGCCAUGGGAUCAAAAAUACAUUUAAUUAUUGUUUGUAUCACAUGUUCAUGGAUUUCAGGCAGGGGUGGACUGGCUAUAUGAGCAUUUGGGCAAAUGCCCAGUGGGUUGGUAUCCAAAUGGGCUGCUAAGGGCCACCUAGAGUAUCUCAUGAAUACCACUAUUAAAUUGUUAUAGGUUUUAUAAUAUUCUCUUAUAUAAAAAAGACCCUCUGAGUGUCGUGUUUAAACAAAUCUUUUACAGACUUUACGGUUUUACAAUACUAAUUAAAUCUAACACAUUUUCCGCAAUUAUGUAAUAGAAUACAACCGUAGACAGUGUUACUAUUAGGCUUCAUCCUUUUAGGGCCUACACACUUAGCGAUUUAAAAACAACUUAAGGCCUAUAUUUCUUAUAAAGAUAUAGAGCAUGUGUACAAUUAUCGAUACAUUAUAAAACUUAAUGAUUUUGAGGACAGGUAUGCCUAGAAAUGGAUGCCUGUCAUAUGAAAGAAAUUAAUGGGCUAAAUGGUAUAAAAAUGCUCGGGCCGAUAUUGACACCCAGUCUGCCCCUGAUACCAGGGAUUAAAUGUUACAACCUUUAAAUAUUCUUGUAUCUCAUUUUGCAAUAAUAUGAUUUUAAAUAAAUACCCAGAUGGAGGCCUUUUUUUUUUAAAAUUGCAAUUUCUUUAUUUUUAAAAUCUGAAUGUUACAUCUACCCAUAUUCAUGUAUAUUUGACAAUUUUUAGCAAAUUUUUAUUAUUAUUUAAACAAUCGGCUCUCAAACCAAGUAUUUUAAACCUUUUAAAAUCCCAAAUAGUCAGGGGGCUGGCAGAAUGGGAGAGAGCAUUAAUAGCACUAUAUUUGAGUUGCAGAUUCUAAAGAUUGUCUGUUUUCUAAUAGGUGCAUGUCGUUGUGUUGUAUAUAAUAUCCCUUGUUACACAUUAGCCUACAGACAGAAGUGUCAGUAGGACACAUGGAACUGUUUCAAGGAUUAUUGUUACCAUUUCUAAGAUGAGCUAUGCAUCAAUCUGUCUUAGAACCAUUCCAAUAAUCUGCACCUAUUUACAACUCCCACAUUAGAUACAACCCAUAUAUUUUCAAAUGUAUCACAUUUUGAACAUGGAGAUAUAACAGUUCUAGAAUUUUCUCAAUUUAGUCAUUGUAAAGGUUUUGUUUUGAAUUGUUUAUAUAACAUGCAAAUGUUUUUUUUAAUUCAAUUAUAACACGUUAUCUCUUGCCUUGUCACGUAAGAUCAUUGUUUGUUACUCUUGUUAUGUGUUUGUUACUCUUGUUAUAUGUUUGUUACUCUUGUUAUGUGUUUGUUACUUUUGUUAUGUGUUUGUUGCUCUUGUUAUAUGUUUGUUCUGACAGCUCAAAAGUUGCUAAUUUAUUGGCUUGUCAUUGUUUAUUUUUGAUAUGAUGCUCAUUAUACUCAGGGAUAUUAAGAGUUGUCUGCCUUUUUUACACAAUACAUUUCACUGCCAAGCAAACCAUUCUGAACUUUACAUUAGUAGACAUGUUAGUAAUUACAUUCCUGUAUAUUGAUUUUAUUGAUGACCUGCCCUUGUGUCAGUCAUUACAUUCAAUCUAUAAUUUUUUAACAUGGCGUGUUUAGGUCUGUCCUACUGUGUUUAGGGUCUGUCCUACACAUUAGUAUGACCAUAACUUUUAAGCACGCAAGAAUCAGGAAAGUGUGCUGUGCUAGUCUCAUAACAGUUAAGCAUAGCCAUAUAAUAAUAGUCAAUCACUCUGGGUUUGUUGAGUUUAUUAAAAGUAUUUCUUGCUAAUCAACAAUAACGUCAGUAUUAGUUUUAUCAAUUCUAGAAUAUAUGCAUUAUCAAAGCUAGACAAUAGAGCAGUGAGACUCACAAAUCAAUAACUAUAGGCCUAAAGACAGUUGAAUUCAGGACAAACAUUAAUUAGUAUUAAUAAAAAAAAACACUGAGCCAAAGCCUUAAAAAUAAAAAAAUAUGAUGUAAUAAAAUACUAAAAAAGACAAAGUUAAAGGAAUAUUUCUUAUUCAAUAUUCUAGGACAAAUUAAUAAACAGCAAUUACUUUUCCUCUUGCUAUUAGAACCAGAAAAAUGACAUUGUUGAGUUUGUUUCUAAUGAACAUGAGUGACUAGGUUCUGUUGUAUAAUUCUGUAUAUGGGGGGGGGGUAAUUUUCUUUGUUGUAGGAAUGUCUGUAAUGUACAAGAUAAAAGGAAUCUGCUGUGUUUGGUUGAAGUGAAGUGAAGCUUGCACAAUCUCUGAACUAGUCUGGUUGAUCUAUGUAAUGAAAGACCUGCAUCCGUUUAAGUUGUUGUAUAGGCCUAAUUGUGUUCCAAAUAUGAGCUGUACGGAUUGCCACAAGGAUUCAUCACUAGUGUUUGUAUGCCAUUAGCCAUAAACAAUUUUCUUGUGAAUUCAUUAGAUUGUCUGUGCAUGUCUUGUAAACUGAACGGAUCAUGCCCUAGUUUGGUGAUACAAAUAUUGAUGUAAACUUGAAACAUAAUGUAAUGGCCAGGUUUUUUUUUCUUCUUCAAUAUAUGGAAUAUGUAGCAGAUGUAUUACGUUUUGAUGGCAAACAUUAAAGUUGUCAAAAGUUUA